UUUCGAACGCAUCCCAAAUUUGUAUUUGCAAGCCACCCCCGCAUGGAUGUUGGCACCCACUGCCAUCGCAUGUGCGAACGAGUUCGUUGGUUCAAGUUCUUUGGUAUUGUGUCCAAAUAUUCAUGUGACAAUUAAAAGAUAUAAAAGUAAUAUGAAAAUUGAUCUUUUUUAUUAUCUUGUUCGUCCUGCAGGAUGAAGGAACAUUUUCAAGACCUCAGACAUUUUUUAUUCGAUAGCCAAUUGUAUGUACACGAUUGCUUUUGACAGAGCUAAUAAAUAUGAUAUAAAGAGACGGACAAUGAUUUGAAAAAUCGGGAGGAAAUGUGCACGAUUUCUGAUUUCAUGCUAUUCUUGAUUAUACGUACACUAAAUAAACGAGUGACGUGUUAUACGGGAGAACUUUCUUCCAGUUUCUAAUGUUCCAGUUUUGACUUGAAGACAAAUUGCACGUCUGAUCGCUAUUGAGAUAGAAGAUAUAUUAAGAAAAACGUGCGAAGAAAUCUCCGUUCAUCAUGAGCGAAUCUGAUGAUUCUGAUAUUCAGGCUGAUAUUGAAGCUCUGACCGCAGUUUUGUCCUUGCCUACAACUAGCAAUUCGCAACAACAGUUUAUUUCUAAUGAUUCGCGAUCUAGCAGUCCCUCGAUUAAUUUUGAGGAAAGUGACGAUGAAGAUUUUAAGUAUAUCUAUAAGAAGGAGGACGAGAAGUCGCUAAACGCCUACGAGAUAAAUGAAAAAUUGAUCACAGGCCUGAUGAUGGUUAAGAAAAACUUGAUCACUUUGCUACAAGAGUGUGAGAGGAAGGUAAAGGAAUUGGAUGAAAAGAUGAUUUCCCGUGACAGAUCAAAUUUAUGUACUGUUGAUAGAAUUUCAGUCAAUCAUGUUGGCAUGCCAUAUUUUAAGGAUAAGAAUCACUUUAAAGCACCCAAGAAUUAUGACACGAAAGUAAAGGAAUCUCGCGGUGAGUUGUUCCUGGCAUCUCUUAGAAAGCCGAGUCGUUGGACAGAAAGAGACAGAGAAAAACUUAUAAAAGCUAUACACAAUGAAGCUAUUGAAUCUGUAUUGUCUUCAAAAUUUAACAAUGAAAUUGAUAAAUCUUGUAAAGAAACAUCAAGCAAUCAAGCUGAAAAGAUUGUAUUGCCUAGAAAUUUUAAGGAAAUGGUAGGAACGGUCGGUGAGAAAGAGUUUGAUUGGCACAAAAUUUCCAGUGAGGAUUUCGACGAUAAGCAUUCACCACGCGAAUGCGAAGUCAUGUGGAAUGUAUAUUUGCAUCCGGAUUUUAACAAGAGCGAGUGGACAAGUGCAGAAGAUAAUAAAUUAUUGCAAUAUGCCAAAAAAUGUAAAUAUCAGGAUUGGGAUACCAUUACACUCUUGUUAGGAACAAAUCGUAGCGCUUAUCAAAGUUUCAUCAGAUAUAAUACCAUUAAGAAGAUACCGUUCUCGGGAUGUGCUUGGACUACCGAAGAAGAUAAAUUCCUCGCGAAUAUUAUAAACCACCUCAAGAUCGGAGAUUAUAUUCCUUGGGCCGAAGUUGCUAAUCAUAUGCGGCAUAGAACUAAGCAGCAGAUUUACACCCGAUGGAUGUACAGGAAAGCACCGCAUUUGAAGAAAGGCAGAUGGAAUUAUUUGGAAACAAAAACUCUCCUGAACGCGGUAGAAAAAUACGGCACGGAUUUCCCUAAGAUCUCAAACAUUGUGAUGCCUCAUCGAUCUUCUAUUCAACUCAGCGCACGCUACCAGACGAUAAUAGAAAAUAUGAAUGAUAACAUGUGGACAAUCGACGAUGACGAAAAAUUGCUUCGUUUGCACAAAAAUUAUAAUAACGAUUGGUCCAAGAUAGCUACAUAUUUUUCCAAGAAAUCAAGAACACAAGUGAGACAUCGAUUUAACGCAAUAGUAAAAUACAUGAGCAAAAAUAUUUCUUUUGACGAUAUACCUAGGCCAUCUUUAUCUAAACAGAUUUCAAAAUAUAAGCUUAAAAAACAUAAGAUUAUACAUAUGGAUGAUAUUCAACUAAGACUAUAUGAAAUUCUUAGUUUACCUCCUUUAGAAACUAUUAACUCUCAAAAAUCUUAUGAUUCAAAUCAGCUCGCUUAUGAUACUAGAAGAUUGUACAAUACAUUGAACCAAUUAAAUGCCAAUCUUGAUUUUUCAAAUGGUUUUCAGAAUCACGCGCCUCUGAAUAAACAAGAGAAACAACUUUUGGUUUCUUUGAAAGAAUACAUAAAUAUAAGAAAUAAUGGAAUACAAAAUCAUGAGCAAAUAGAAAAAUUCAGAAUGCAAAUGUUUGGUUGUAUUGAAAAAGUUAACGAAAAUUCUUUUAUACCACCAUUACCAUUUGAUGGAUAUAUAAGGACAAAGAAGAUAAAGAGUAAAAAUCAAUCUAUAGAUUGUGAAUUGAUAAAUGAUAAUGAAAAAUUUCUUAUCGAUGUACCUACAGAAUUCUCUGUAAAUCCUUAUAUACAUGCUUUUAUUAGUAUUGAGGAAGAAAUUCAAUUUCACAAAUUUAGUGAAUUGUUAAUAAGUGAUUAUUAUGAAUGUGAUGAACAACAUAUGAAUGUAUAUAAAUUAUUAGAGUGCAAUCUCUCUUUUGAUAAAAUAAACACUACACCAGAAUACCAUGUUACGGAUAUUAUGAAUGAUUUGGAAUUAACAAAUUGUAAUAAAAAAAAAUGCUUGAAUAAAUUGCAAACACCUAUAAAUAUUGAAUAUAUUAAUGAUGAAGAUAAUGAAGAAAAGCUAUUCAGUGGUAUAAUUAUGCCGAACCGACCAACUUUAUUAGGUCUCAAGAAUUUGCUUCUUUGGAAAUUGUUGUAUGAAUAUCAAAAUAGAUCUAAAAUAUUGUUCAAAGAUGAGCAACAAGAAAUAGAACAAAUAACGACCGAUUGUCCUAUAACAGAAAGCGUUGAAUAUCAAUUGCUGCAAACUCGUCUAUUGCAAUUAUUUAAACUUCCCAUAGGUUUAUCAAACACGAUGUUGGAACUAAGUGGACCAGAACGCAUAUUUUUAACAAAGGAAGAGAAUCAGAAAACUGUUACAAAAAAAAGAAAACUUGAAGAGGUCAACCCUGUAAAAUUGAAUAAGAAAACAAAUAACUAUAUUUUUGCUAGUAGCAGUUUUAAUAUUGAUUCCGACGAAACUGCAGAUUCUCCCAUACUACGUAGUUGCAAAGUAGUUUAUAAAAAAUAUAAAAUUAUCGCGCAAAAUAAUAUUUAAUUCUUGAUAUCAUUAAAACAAUAC